GGUGGGUCUGCGUUAGUCGCCGACAGGCUGGUGUCACUGGUGGAAGAGUUGUGCUUGUGGUUAGUUGUGUUCGUGGUGUUACAUAAUCGACGAAGAUGCCCGUAAGACGAAGAUGUAAGCUCCUAGUUAAAUCAGCGGCGUUAUCUCUGCAACAAAACAAGAACUUCUCGUACAGAGUUCAACAGUGUGUGUCGAAAACUGCAAAAGGGAAGGUCCUUUCCUCAGAGAGAAGACUUGGCUGUUACUUGUCAGAUGCGUGUAGCAGUAUUUCAACAAACAGAAGAUUCUGUACCGGCGCUAACGGCCUUAAAAUGAGAUUCGUUCAGUUUACUACUAGAGAAAACGGACCACAGAGAUUGGGUGUACAGUUGUCGCAAGAGGACGACAUUAUAGAUGUUAGCGGCGUAGACCAUUCUGUCCCCAAUGGUCUUGUUCAGUUUUUGCAGGCGGGACCGGGGCUGUUGGAGAGAGCUAAAAGGAUUGUUGCUGAAGGGAAGUCAGUCAUUCCCCUGAAAAAUGUUCGUCUCCUGCCACCAGUAACAUCUCCUGACAAGGUAGUUUGUGUGGGUCUGAACUACAGAGGUCACUGUGAAGAGCAGAACAUUCCAGCACCAAAAGAACCAAUGUUUUUUUCAAAAUUCAGCAGCUGCAUAACUGGGCCAUAUGACGACGUUCCUUACCCUCCUAUCACAAAGGAGCUGGACUGGGAGGUGGAACUGGCAGUGGUCAUGGGGAAAACUGCCAAGAAUGUUCGCCCAAUAAGUGCAAUGGAACAUGUUUUUGGUUUUACUGUUGCACAGGAUUUAAGUGCCCGUGAUUGGCAGAAAAAACGAAACUCGGGGCAGUUUUUGUUGGGAAAGGCUAUGGAUAGCUUCUGUCCACUUGGACCAGCUGUUGUCACUAAGGAAGCUAUUGCUGAUCCUCAUGCUCUAGGCAUACGCUCCAGAGUAAAUGGUAUUCUAAAACAAGAAGGAAACACAAAUGAGCUCAUACAUCGAAUAGAUCAUAUUAUCUCAUUCUUGUCUCAUGUCAUAACCUUGCGCCCUGGAGAUAUCAUUUUAACCGGCACUCCAGCUGGUGUUGGGAUGCACAGAAAGCCACCAGAGUAUUUGAAGGUUGGUGAUGUUCUAGAAAGCGAAAUUGAUGGCAUCGGGAAAAUGAAGAAUACUAUAGUUGAAUCAAAAUCUUAAAACUGUUUCAGACAGGCCAUGGUAUUUCAUGCACCUUGUCAUUAUUUAAAGCAGGCAGCAGUAGAGAUGACAAAUCUUCACCAUUUCAUUAUGCCUUUACUAAAUAAUUUGUACUUAAAUAAUACUGUUCCCUUUUGUAUUAUUUUAUUCAGAGGUUUGUUGUGGCUGUGCAUUGCUUUUGGAGAUGGUAUUAAAACAAAUAAAGCAUCCUUUUUUGUGCAACCAUUGUAAA